AUGGCGGACAACAAACAAGGCGGCCCAGGGCCUCUGCCGACUCUGGCCGAAUACAAAAAGUCCCAGGCCCGCGUUCGCGAGUUGAUUGAGAAACGAAGAGUCCUGGAGAAGCGUCUCACGCAAGUAGAAGACAACAUUGUCUCCAAAGAAGCAGCAUACCUUGAAAGCACACCGAGCGGAAACAUCAUUACCGGAUUCGACAGUUACAUGAAAGGAACGAGCGGCGCGGCGGCACAAAGACGCAAAACAGGACCGGCGGACCAGAACCGCGUCUUUUCCAAGUCGUCUAUUUCGUAUAGACCAAACAACGGGGACUCAACGCCCGGAUCGACGCCAGCAUCGCACGCGCCCACGCCUGUGUCGGCUUCGUUUCGGGAUAACGGAACGCCGUCGUCAGGAGCGGGAGCAAAGAAUAAUAGCAAGAAGAAGAAGGCGGCUGCUGUAGCCGACAAGGAGGUCGAGGAUAGUGAGAAUGAUGGCGGGGGCAAUAAGAAGAGGACAAAUUUCGGAGCAUCAAGAAAGUAG